CCUCAUUUACAAAUCCAGAUAACUUUUCAUCUGCUUCCUCCACCAAGCAUGGCUGCUCUCACUGAAUUCUUCUCCCACCUCUACACCAUGACCGUCGUCGUCUUCACUCUCCUUCUCCUCGAAAUCGUAAUCCUCAUCAGGUCCAUCACCGGCGGCGUUUCCGACUCCGAGAAACGCCUCAUCAGCACCACCCAGUACCUCAAAUUCAUCGAAGAAAAGAACCCAACAAUCAUUCACUCCACAAGAUCAUCGUCCAUGGUAGAUCAGUCGUCGAGUCAGUGUACCGUGUGUUUGUCGGAGCUGGAAGAAGGCGAGAAAGUGAGGAAAUUGAAAUGUAAACACACUUUCCACAAGGACUGCCUUGAUAGGUGGCUCCAACAGUACUGGGCUACUUGCCCACUUUGUAGGACAAAGGUUUUACCCGAUGAGAUCGUGUCUAACUAUCACAGGCUGCAAAAUCAGGUAGAGUAUGAUGGAAGUGAUGAGGAGAUGAUAUUCUUCUUGUCUGCUCUACAUGAUAAUAGUUUACACAGAUUGUUCUGAUUUCUCCUUUCUUAUACUUCUAGGAUUCUUUUCUGGGUAAAUUUUGACGUAGAUUCUAGUUUGAUCUAUGU